AUGUCCAUCGGUCGCUAUACGCGGCUAGAUGAGAUCGGGCGAGGAAGUUUCGCGACGGUUUACCAAGGUGUCCAUACAAAAACAAAAACCUAUGUAGCAAUCAAGUCUGUGAACCUAUCGAAGCUCAACAAAAAGCUCAAGGAGAACCUUUCGUCCGAAAUCGAUAUCCUCAAGGGCCUCCAACACCCACAUAUUGUGGCCCUUAUCGACUGCCAUGAAUCAACAUCUCACAUUCACUUGGUUAUGGAAUACUGUGCGUUGGGGGAUCUGUCCCUGUUCAUCAAGCGCCGAGAUACUCUUGGAUCACAUAAAUACACUCGGGAUAUGAUCGCCAAAUACCCAAAUCCACCCGGUGCCUCGCUCAAUGAGGUGGUUACCCGGCACUUCCUUAAACAACUGUCAAGUGCACUGAAAUUCCUUCGUGACCGAAACCUCAUUCAUCGAGAUAUCAAACCACAGAACCUUUUGCUAUGUCCCUCACCUUCGUCGUAUCGGAAUGGGGGUGCCCAGGUGGUUCCCUAUAAAGGUAGUGAUGACUCUUACGAGCCCAUGACAGGGCUCGAAUCCCUUCCCAUGCUCAAAAUCGCAGAUUUCGGCUUCGCUCGAUCUCUACCAGCCACUUCACUUGCAGAGACUCUUUGUGGAUCUCCACUGUAUAUGGCGCCCGAGAUUCUUCGAUAUGAGAAGUAUGAUGCCAAGGCCGACUUGUGGUCGGUAGGUACUGUGCUCUACGAGAUGGUGGUGGGCCGACCCCCGUUCCGGGCCACAAAUCACGUCGAGUUGCUACGAAAGAUUGAGAAGGGAGAAGACCGAAUCCGCUUUCCUGAAGAUAACACCGCUUCAGACGAUAUCAAAAGGUUAAUUCGAGGUCUUCUGAAACGGAAUCCAGUGGAGCGAUUGAACUUCCCCGACUUUUUCAACAACAAUGUAAUAAAUGAUCCGAUUCCUGGCUUGGUGGCAGAGGACGCUCCAGGGCCACCACCCUCGCCACGACCGAGGCAGCUUGUCGCGAAAACCGAAGAAUCUCCUUAUGAUACUGGGUCUGAGGACAAAUUUGCAUAUCCUCCCGGUCAAAAACCUGUUUCAACGCGUCCAAAAUCAGGAACACCGCCGACCGCUACACACAUGCGCCGCGUGGGAAGCGCUGACCGGCCUGCUCCAGGCAUUUCCAGGGAGCAACAACCGGGAGGUACACCACCUCAUCGGCCUGCUCCCGUCAGUCUUGCCACUGCCCCGGGGCGCCAGGAGCUCAUCGAUCGAAAUGCAACUACCGCGGCUAUGGAUCGGCAGAGACAUCGAAAUACCUACACUAGUUCUCCCAAAAUAAGUGAGUCGACAGUCCGUGCCCAGGAGGCACGAGAUCGCGCGGCACAAGAAGUGGCAUUUGAGAGAGACUACGUUGUGGUCGAAAAGCGGGCCGUGGAGGUUAAUGCCUUUGCAGAUGAACUAGCUCAUAGCCCGCGCCUUCAAGGUGGGCUUUCUCGACCAGGACAAACUGGUGCUCCAAGCCGUCGAGCAACAACGCAGGGUCUACCUACGGUGUCACCAUCUUCUCCGCAUGCCAAUGCAGCCAAAGCCAUGCAGGUUGUUUCUGGUCGUUCGCGAGCAGAUUCUACACACCAACGCCAACAUUCCUACGAGCGACGCUAUGGUCAAAGUCCUACUUCGGCGACCUCGGCAAUCUCGAAAGCACUCAACAUGGCCAGCGGUCGUCUGUUCGGAAUGGGUUUCUCUCCUCCCCUUGGUAUCGCUAAAGGCGGCCGAUCCCCACCUCUAGCCUACAACCCUUUCCCCGCCUAUCCUGCUACACAUGCUAGCCUUUUGCUCACCGGAGAUGGUUCCAAACCCAAUACAACUGUCGACGAAGACUACAGGGCAGUCCAGGAAAUCGAGGAAUGUGCUACACGUAGUGAUGUUGUGUUCGGAUUUGCUGAGGUGAAAUACAAGCAGCUUAUUCCACUAGCACCUUCGGCACCGACUGACCCAUCUGCGAGACCCAUGGACACAAACAUCGAACAAGACUCCGCCGACCCCGAUGAUGGCCUGACAGUCGAUGCUAUUGUUACAUUGUCCGAAGAAGCUUUGGUACUAUAUGUCAAGGCUUUGUCUUUGCUUGCAAAAUCAAUGGACAUCGCUGGAGCUUGGUGGUCGCGCAAGAACCGUGAAGAGGUCUACGGGGAAUCUCCCACUAAAGACAGCAUGAGCGCAGCUGCCGGUACCCGGAUCAACUACGUUGUGCAAUGGGUGCGCAGUCGGUUCAAUGAGGUCAUCGAAAAAGCCGAAUUUGUGCGCCUAAAGCUCAUCGAGGGACAACGGCGAUUGCCACCAGAUCAUCCUAGCCAUCCAGACAAUCAUUCUAUUGGUUCCACCGCCGGCUCAAGCUCAACUGCCGACGUAGUGGUUAGCCCCGGCGUGACAGCAGAGAGGCUAAUGUACGACCGCGCACUUGAGAUGAGCCGGGCGGCUGCCAUCAAUGAAUUGACUGGUGAAGAUCUUGCCAACUGCGAGAUUACAUAUGUUACUGCGAUUCGCAUGCUCGAAGCUGUGCUUGAGGAUGACGGAACGCGAUCUAUGCCAGGUAGCAAUAUCGAACGGCAAAACGGUUCGCAACAUGAUAAGGUUAUUCUGGAUGAACUGCAGGUGGAGGAUCGGCAGGUCGUUAUGAAACUAUGCGUGGCCGACUCGCAUCUGUCCGAAAGAAGGUAG